AAAACAAAAACGUAUAAAAAAACGUAUCCGUCCGAAGGAGUCUCUCUCUCUCUCUCUCUCUUGUGUGCGACUUUUUGGUGGGCUGAAGUUUCAGCGUCGGAAUCGCAAAGUCGAUGGAGGUCUCAGGCGUAGCUUUCCGGCGGGUUCCGUGCUUAUCCGGCGCUGUAAUCGAUGCCCACUCUGCCAAGCCAUCUGUCUCGGUCGGUUCCGGCGAGUUUCGGGUUCUGGGUUAUGGAGAUUCCAAAGCUUUCAUGAGACCCAGAAAGUCGUAUGGGGCUUUGAUGAUGAAUUCUGGGUUUUACGAUAACGGGCAUCUGCAGUACUAUUAUAUGGGUCCCAGGUGUGGUGGGAAGAAGGAGAAGGAGAUGGAGAAGGGUUCUGCGGUCACUGCCAAGAAGAAGUUGAAAUUGCUUAAGGGUUUGACCAAGGACUUGUCCAGGUUUUCUGAUAUGGGCUUUGGCUUGGACACUGACGAUGGUUUGGUCGCUCAAGUUCAACGGAAGGCUAUGUCGGAUGCAGCAGAGGUGUUGAUGAAACAACUGCAACAUCUAAGAGCAGAGGAGGAGGACUUGAAGAGAAAAAGGAAACAAGAGACUUCCAAGCUUGAUUGUGAAUCAUCAUCAUCGGAAUCGAGUGACAGUGAAUGUGAAGAAGAGAUGAUUGACAUGAGCUGCCUGAGAAGCGAACCCCAUGAAGAACCAGCGCAACCAGAUGAACUGCAAUCUGUUGCUCAAGAAAAUGCAACGACAUUGACCCUUUCUAGCUGGCUGACAGAAGAAGGGAACACAACUGAGGCAAAUGGAUUCGGAGAUCGUAGAUCAGAGAACAAUGAAGUAGAAUGCUGCACUAGAAUCAGUACGAGUAAUAGCAGUAGUAAUAUUGGCCGUAAUGACAGAAGUAGCUCAGUGACAGGAGCAUCGGCACAGAGGAUUGAGGUUUGCAUGGGUAAGAAGUGUACAAAAUCAGGAGCUGCUGCAUUGUUGGAAGAAUUUGAAAGGGCAAUAGGUGUCGAAGGUGCUGUUGUUGGGUGUAAAUGCUUGGGCAAGUGCAAAGAUGGUCCUAAUGUAAGGGUUUUGAACUGUGCUGAUGACAGCCAAGUUGAGGGAUCAGAUGUUUCUGUUAGGACUCCAACGAAUCCCUUGGUUCUUGGGGUUGGAUUGGAUGAUGUGGGUGUUCUUGUUUCUAAUUUCUUUGGGGAUGACCAGAAAGACUUGGAUCUGGCAGAAGCAGUUUAGUAUAGCUUUUUAUGAGUGAUAUAUACUCCAAUAUGUAUUUGGUCAGAUUGUUUGUGAUAACAAAUUUGCAUUGUUUCUGACAUACUUAAAGAUCCACUUUUCACUA